UUAUUGUGCAGCUUAUAGAACUAAAAUAAGAUUUGAUGUUAGUUUAAGAAUUGUUUUUAAAUAAAAAUAAAAUAAACAGAAGCUGAACCGUGUCAGGCCCGGCAGAAGAAUGACAAGUGGGAGGAGUGAAACCCGGAAAGGUGAAGUCGGAGACGACAGAAGAACUGGUUUCCUCCACCGCGUAAGGCCAUGUAGCCUGUCGACGCCUCAUUAAAGCAUGUGGAUAGAGAAGGAGACUGGAGGAAUGAAUAAGACUUGAUCCAGGUAGCGUUUCGGGAGCGGCAGCUUUAUCUGUGAAUCUCUCUGACAAGCGGCCAGUGUACGUAAUCAACCAUCACGAUGGCGGCGCCGUUGAGGAAUCCGCAAUUAGGUCGCCGCCAUGUGUCUUCUAGAACCGUACUAAUUCGACCCAUGUACGGAAUCAGAUUCCAACAUGACGGCAUCUGUGAGGAAGUCAAGCAGUAGAUGCAGCCAUGUUGCCUGUACGUCGAGACAGUACCAGCAGCCACCGUACGGACUCUACUGACAAGGUGGCGGCCCCCUUGCGAAAGCCACGAUGUGAGCGCAGCCAUGUUCCCGCCGAUCGUAUGGAUCCGGCCACCAUACGGAUACGUAAUCAAGAUGGCGACGCCUAAUGGUUGGUGGCGGAGACGGCGCACGGGGCCUGCGCAAUAGGAGUACGCUGCCUGGGAGGCGUGACCAGAAGCGGAAGUAGUUGUGGGCGCCUUUGCAACCGCCUGGGACGCUGCUGAGGGGGUCUGUGUAGGUUCGCGGGUCGCAGCGGGGGUCGUGAAGGAGUGCGCCGGGAGCGGAGAUAUGGAGGGUGAUGGUUCAGACCCAGAGCCUCCAGAUGCCGGGGAGGACAGCAAGUCGGAGAAUGGGGAGAAUGCGCCCAUUUACUGCAUCUGCCGCAAACCAGACAUCAACUGCUUCAUGAUCGGGUGUGACAAUUGCAAUGAGUGGUUCCAUGGGGACUGCAUCCGGAUCACUGAGAAGAUGGCCAAGGCCAUCCGGGAGUGGUAUUGUCGGGAGUGCCGAGAGAAGGACCCCAAGCUAGAGAUUCGCUAUCGGCACAAGAAGUCACGGGAGCGGGAUGGCAAUGAGCGGGACGGCAGUGAGCCCCGGGAUGAGGGUGGAGGGCGCAAGAGGCCUGUCCCGGAUCCCGACCUGCAGCGCCGGGCAGGGUCAGGGACAGGGGUUGGGGCCAUGCUUGCUCGGGGCUCUGCUUCACCCCACAAAUCCUCUCCGCAGCCCUUGGUGGCCACACCCAGCCAGCAGCAUCAUCAUCAGCAGCAGCAGAUCAAACGAUCCGCCCGCAUGUGUGGUGAGUGCGAGGCAUGUCGGCGCACUGAGGACUGUGGUCACUGUGACUUCUGUCGGGACAUGAAAAAGUUUGGAGGCCCCAACAAGAUCCGGCAGAAGUGCCGGCUGCGCCAGUGCCAGCUGCGGGCCCGGGAAUCGUACAAGUACUUCCCUUCCUCGCUCUCACCAGUGACGCCCUCAGAGUCCCUGCCAAGGCCCCGCCGGCCACUGCCCACCCAGCAGCAGCCACAACCGUCACAGAAGUUAGGGCGCAUGCGUGAAGAUGAGGGGGCAGUGGCGUCAUCAGCAGUCAAGGAGCCUCCUGAGGCUACAGCCACACCUGAGCCACUCUCAGAUGAGGACCUACCUCUGGAUCCUGACCUGUAUCAGGACUUCUGUGCAGGGGCCUUUGAUGACCACGGCCUGCCCUGGAUGAGCGACACAGAAGAGUCCCCAUUCCUGGACCCCGCGCUGCGGAAGAGGGCAGUGAAAGUGAAGCAUGUGAAGCGUCGGGAGAAGAAGUCUGAGAAGAAGGUGAUGGAGUGGAAGGAGGAGCGGUACAAGCGGCAUCGGCAGAAGCAGAAACACAAGGAUAAAUGGAAACACCCAGAGAGGAAUGAUGCCAAGGACCCUGCGUCGCUGCCUCAGUGUCUGGGGCCCGGCUGUGUGCGCCCCGCCCAGCCCAGCUCCAAGUAUUGCUCAGAUGACUGUGGCAUGAAGCUGGCAGCCAACCGCAUCUACGAGAUCCUCCCCCAGCGCAUCCAGCAGUGGCAGCAGAGUCCUUGCAUUGCCGAAGAGCACGGCAAGAAGCUGCUCGAACGCAUUCGCCGAGAGCAGCAGAGUGCCCGCACUCGCCUUCAGGAAAUGGAACGCCGAUUCCAUGAGCUUGAGGCCAUCAUUCUGCGUGCCAAGCAGCAGGCUGUGCGCGAGGAUGAGGAGAGCAAUGAGGGUGACAGUGAUGACACAGACCUGCAGAUCUUCUGUGUUUCCUGUGGGCACCCCAUCAACCCACGUGUUGCCUUGCGCCACAUGGAGCGCUGCUAUGCCAAGUAUGAGAGCCAGACGUCCUUUGGGUCCAUGUACCCCACACGCAUUGAAGGGGCUACACGACUCUUCUGUGAUGUCUAUAAUCCUCAGAGUAAAACAUACUGUAAGCGGCUCCAGGUGCUGUGCCCCGAGCACUCACGGGACCCCAAAGUGCCAGCCGAUGAGGUAUGCGGGUGCCCCCUUGUACGUGAUGUCUUUGAGCUCACAGGUGACUUCUGCCGCCUGCCCAAGCGCCAGUGCAAUCGCCAUUACUGCUGGGAGAAGCUGCGGCGUGCAGAAGUGGACUUGGAGCGCGUGCGUGUGUGGUACAAGCUGGACGAGCUGUUUGAGCAGGAACGCAAUGUGCGCACAGCCAUGACGAACCGCGCGGGAUUGCUGGCCCUGAUGCUGCACCAGACGAUCCAGCACGACCCCCUCACUACCGACCUGCGCUCCAGUGCCGACCGCUGAGCCUCCUGGCCUGGACCCCUCACACCCUGCAUUCCAGAUGGGGGAGGUGCCCGGUGCCCGUGUCCGUUCCUCCACUCAUCAGUUUCUCUGGUUCUCCCUGUGCCCAUCCACCGGUUGACCGCCCAUCUGCCUUUAUCAGAGGGUUUUUCCCUGUCUCCAUGUUCAGUGCCUGGUGGGGCUGCGGAGUCCACUCAUUCUUGCCUCCCCUCCCUGGGUUUUGUUAAUAAAAUUUUGAAGAAACUAA